AUGAAUCAAGUCGGCAUCUCUCGAGCAAAACGCAAAGCCUGUGUUCGAUGCGCCAAGGCCAAGGCGAAGUGUUCCUUCAACGGUGGGCUGGAUGUUUGCGACCGAUGUCAGAGGUUGAGGCGGGACUGUCUUCAUGAAGAAACCCCUCGACGCCAGAAGGAGAAGCAAUCCACGAGGAUCAAGGCACUCGAAGAAAAGGUCAACAGUCUCCUCACACUGCUCACCCCGGACAAGAAUGUCGUUGGAAACACGAAUGCUACCAUCAUAACAACCACGCCAGCAGCGACAGAGGAACAGAGCAGUGACAAUGUGUCGUCCGCCUCGGUCGCAAAUGUGCAGAGCACCCAGAAUUCGGCUCCAUCGACCGUGGACGAGAGCAGAGAGUUCGAUGCGAUCGAUAGCGGCAUCCUGACAAUGGCUACCGCCGAUAUCCUCCUCGAGACUUAUAAGCAGGUUCACACGAAAUUCUUCCCUUUUGUCGUCGUUGAUCCAGGGACCGAUGCUGCGACUCUGCGCAGAGACAAACCGGCCCUCUUCUUGGCCGUAGUGACGGCGUGUCUGGAAGCAGACCACACCAUUCAAAGGAGGCUGGGGUCCGAAUUGAAGAGGAUCAUCUCUGAACGAGUGGUGAUCAGGAACGAGAGGAGCAUCGAACUCUUACAAGCGCUGCUUGUGCACCUAAGCUGGAUUCAUUACCACUUCCACCCCCGGACCAACCAGUCCUAUAUGCUUCUCCAAAUCGCCAUCGCCCUUGUCAUGGACCUUGACCUGGACCGGUGCCCCGCGCACCGUGACCAGAGAGUGGGCAGUAACCUCUGCAGGCUGAAUGCCGAGGGCAACUUGCCGACACAGUGCCAGAGAACCACAGCUGAAACCCGCGCCCUUCUGGGCUGCUUCUACCUUUGUUCUUCGAUGGCCAUGGCCCGCAAAGAGCUGCUCAUGAGGCAUACGAGCUGGAUCGAACACUGUUGCCACGUUCUGUCAGCCGAGCAGGAGUACCCCACCGACGUGUAUGCAACGGCCUUUGUCAAUGCCAAAUACCUAGCGCAACGGAUCGGCGAGAGGUUCUCGUACGGCGACCACGCCUCGAUUCGAUACCAGAGCGACGCGGUGGUCCAGAUGUCCCUGAACGGCUUCAAGAAAGAAACUGCCGACCUGGAAGCAAGUCCCGGCUUCUCUUCCGCGCAGGAAAAUUACGUCCUCAUGGCAGAACUAAAAGUCCUCUCCAUCACAAUGCACGAGGUGGCGCUCUAUCGCGACCUCACCACGACGGCUCCUUCCUCGACCAACAUCGCGUCACAACUGUGGGAACUAUUGACCUCGACGCGCGGCUUUUUGGAGUAUUUCCUGAGCGUGCCCAAGGACGCGCUUCGACACCUCCCCGCGGCGUUUUUCAGCUUUGCGGCCUACGCGCUGAUCGUGCUGUCGACGGUGUCGCGCCUGCCCUCGACAAGCGGCUGGGACGGCGCCAUGGCGCGCCGCGAGGCCGACGCGGUGGAGAUGGCCCGGCGCGUCAAGGUCAAGUUCGGCGACGAACUCACCCGCACGGGCGCCCACGACAGCUUGACUCCGGACCAGAAGGACGUGUGGGCGCUGUUCACGCGCGGCAUGCGCGGCCUGAUGGCCUGGCACGAGCGGUGCGAGAAGGAGAGCGAAAGACCGCCGGCGGCGGUAGCCACCACGACGAUGGGGGGAGAAGAAGAAACCGACUACGAGCUCCUCAUCAGCGAGUCCGGUGCCCAGCCCCUGACCGCGAGAUGCGCCAUGGCCGAUGUGAUGACGCCUUUCCACACCAUGCGGCUCCGCAAGCCCACUGUCCAUGCUCAGCCGCACGCCGGGGACUCGCUGCCGGAAGGUCCCCAGCACCAGCAGCAGCAGCAGCACCCGAACGCCGACUCUGGUGGAAAUGCGUUUGUCCGUGGUAGUGGUGGUGAUGCACAGCAGCCCACAGACAUGGUCGACGGCUUCUGGGACGACGAGGUGUGGCAGUCCAUCAUGGACGAGUUUUCCAUGUUUCCCACCACGACGGCAGGCUUGCCCGCCGGACCAAGCGUGCAGCAUCAGGUGGAGAGACUCCGGUAG